AGUGUUCAUGUUUUGAAUGUGUUCGCUGGUGACAUCCAGUGGACAACGUUUUCUCAAGCAUGAGCCUCGACCACCUGAUAUCGAGUGGUGCCCAAAGUGAAGUUGUCACUGACGCAAACCCAUUAUUGCAAUUUCAGUCCAGAUGACGUAGCCUUGUUACAAGGAGGACGGUGUGUGGGGAGGCAUCUCUAAGCUCUCUGGUUGUAGUUCUAGUUUAAUUGACUGUAACUUGUAGCCGGAAACAGGAAUGCUAAGUUAUGGGGAAAAGGGGUUCUGUGGAGCUCCGUUUGGGACUCAGGCAAAAAGGUUUGAUGUAUCAGGUGUCCAUCCUAAAAGAAAGUUGAUAGGAACGUUCACAGAAAUACCAUAUAACAAGAGAGCCAACGAGGAUCUGGUACAGAAGCUAGGCCCAGCUAAGUAUGUGGUGGAUGCAGGCGACCUCAAGCACUGUGCAUCACAUGGAUGUGCAGGACAGGGAUGGAGAAAACUGCGUGAUGUUAACAUGCCCCACAUUCUCUACAGAGAGGCAUGGUCCAACAAACAGAAGCUGGCAGAGUCUCUUGGACCUGGAAAGUAUGACCUGAAAACAUUCACUGAUGUCCUGAACAUGAAACCCUGCAGUGUGAGAGGUGUUUGUAAUUCUCGUGAGGAGAGAUUGAAAGACUACAGGAAGAUCUGUCCUGCCGGACCCGGGAGCUAUGGGAAAGGUGGCGUUCCCGCAGCUCUGUUUGAGGAGAGAAGUAUGAAGUCAACUGGCAACGUUUGCCCCAUGGACUUCAGUGCUGGAGUGGAGCGCUUUCGAGACGAGCCAGUGGAUUGCGGUUUAUAUCCGGGAACUUACAAGAUCAAGUCCUGCAUUGAGCAGGUCCUCGAUCACCAUGUGGGGAAGAGAGGCCCUUUUGAUAUAUUUUCAGGACGCAGAGACAAGCCCAUCAACUAUGGAUACUUGGCAGCUCCGAGAAUAGCCUGCAUUAACCCCAGCUACUACCUGCCCCCCAUGUUCGGUGAGGACCUGAAGACAGCGCAGAAGAGAUUCCACGGCGUGUUCAGCCAGAAGGAGAGGUUUCCGUCUGUGCCCGCUGAGCGCAUAUACCGCCAUACCCUGGCCCAGAGACCUGAAGCAGUAGACAAGCCUGGCCCAGGGCACUACUCCAUCACUGAGCUGACUCGGGUGGAGAACAGGGAUCCGCCACCAUUCCUCUCCUCCAGCCAUCGCUUCAGCAAGCGGAUUGGGAAGCAACCACAGGGAACCUGUUGCAACGUGGGCCCAGGCCGCUAUGGCAGUCCUAAGGCCUUGAAGAUCCACAAGAGAGACAGUGCUGCCUUCAAGUCAGAAACACCGAGAUAUCUGGCGAACAUGGACCAGGACACGUUUGGCCAGGAGAAGCUUAGGCCCUGUAACAUCCCAGACAUUUGGAGACCCUACAACAGGCAUCCAGACGAAGCUUUGAAAUGUCCCCUCUAGGCUGCAUGCCUCCUUCACUCUUCAAAAAUGAAGGAAAAAUGUGAGGAAACAAAUCUAUGCAAAUCUGGAGAACCAACACUCCAGUGCUGUAAGGCAGAGACGUGACUCAUCAUUGAAAAUUAUGUAACAGCA